UCUUCCAAAUCCGCCUGUCACCAUUCGAGCUUCCUAAUUAGGCUCUCUCUUUGGUUAACUAAUUAGUUAAAUUAGAUGGUGUAGUGCUUCAAAUAAAGAGCUGAGCAGGGAGGCCUCGUCAGAGUAACCCUGACCAAAGUUGCAAUUCAAUUAUGUUGCUAAUUAUAGUACAGAAAUAUAGGAAAAACGGCAACAAGCAUGAAUCUUACUAUUUUAUUGAUCUUAUUCCAUUACUUUUAAAUUUGUAAUUGCUUUAAGGAGCAAUUCCCGUAAUUGAUUAAUGCUUCUUCACUUUGCAAUAUUCAUGAUUAUACUGGCUCUCUUUUCUACUUAACUUUGGCCUCUGUCCUCAAAAUUAACUAAUGGAGUUGCUUAAGGAUAAUUUCAGGUGUGUGUUGUAUGUGUGUGUGUGUGUCUUCACGAGAGCCUCAGAUUACUUGGACGAAGGUUCCCUUGGGAACUUGCCCGUAGUUUUAUCUUCAUUUUGACAGUUUUAUGUUUCACUUGCGGUUUCCAUUUGAGAGAUGCGGCCCCUGUUACAUGAGCAACAGAUGAUUUAGAUGUGAGCAGGGAAGCGUUCACAUACAACUAAUGAGCGUUCGGAGAAAACACAGCAGAGUUGUGUAACGCUGACAGUUUAUAAUUGCAUCUAAAUGUACUCAUGUCUCUCAUAAAGUGCCAAAACCUGCCGUACCACAAAACGCAGAGGUUUAACGUUACCUCUCUGUGUUACUUUGACCCCAAAAUGAACCGCUUUAAGCUGGUUAUGAAAUUCUGUUCAUGGCCAAGUUCUGUUCAUGCUCCAGUCUUUCUCAUCUUCUGUUGUGCCUCAUCAAUGACUGUGUCUGUUUCUACAUGCGCAGUAGGUCGCUGAACCCGGAGAGAAGAUCCAAGAUGCCACGCUCAAACUGUGACGUCAUGUCCAAAGAGCCAAGCUCCAACUUGGAAAGCGCCAUGCAGAUGCUCAUCAAGACCUUUCAUAAGUAUUCCGGGAAAGAAGGAGACAAAUACACGCUCAGCCGAGGAGAACUAAGGGAACUCCUGACGGAAGAGCUGGGAAAUUAUCUUGGGAACGCUCAAGAUAAAGACGCAGUGGAGCGGGUGAUGAACGACCUGGAUGCCAAUAAUGACGGCGAGGUGGACUUCACCGAGUUCAUCAUCCUCAUGGGUGCACUGACCGUGGCCUGCAACGACUUCUUCCUGGACAGCCCGCCACCCAAAAACAAGCCCGAAGGCAAGGGCGACGCAGCCACAACAGAGGAAAAGAAAGAGUAAUGAGCGAAUGCUACCAGAACAGAGAGAGAAAACGGAGCAAAGUAUUAGUAGGUUGCAUGGUUGAGAACAAGAGAGUGUGUUUCAUCCAUUUCUUUUAUCAGGCCCAACAAACCUAGUUCCUGGAGGAGAUUUCUCCGCUUUUAUAAUUUAACCAAAGCUGUUAUUAUACUUUCAAAGCAAAACUGACAAACCCUGAAGGCAAAGACUUGGGGGUUUGACAGAAACACACAUCAGUCCGGUGCCAGGAGCUGGUUUGUCUAACGCUGAACCUUUUUUUCUAGUUAAUGAGAAGUAAAGUCUUUUAAGAUGGGUGCCUUCUGUUUCAUAUGAGCGCAGACAUUAUAUACAGCUAUAUAUAGUGUUUUUUUUUUGGAUAAAGAAGCGGCAAAGUGUAUUUUGAGUGCAAUAAGUGGCUACUAAGUGAAUGUCAAAGCCUGUACUGAUAGGAAGUGAUGGGUUAUGGACAGUUAUGAAUGUUCAUUUUUAAUAAUUCUGAACUGUGGCUUUAAAACAGAUGUCGAGGUAUUUAUAUUUAUAUCUUUCAUGACGAUGUAAUUAUAAAUACCCCAUUACUGACAGCAAAUAACAUUGCAUCUACUUCAUGGUUACCAUAAAUUCUGAACAGUGUUCAUAAACUAUAAUAAUUCAGUGUUGAAGAUGUGAACUUGGUUUGUCUCUUUCUGUGCAUCUAUUUUUUAGCCUAUUUUUAUUUAAUAAUCAUUAUGUAUCUUCUUAAUUAUAAUAAACGUGCAACUGACCUCCACACGUUGUCUGACAUGUUUUGCAUGCAAUUGUUUUUUUUUUUUUACCAUACUAUCCAUUUAUCAUGU